UAUUCAUAAAUACACGUUUGACUGGGUUGUCCGGGUGGGUGGGUGCUUGCCAGGUAGCUCUUUGGCUCGGAUGAAAGACUCAAAUUACAAAACGCUGAGAAAGAAGAAGAAGAAAAAAAGCCGUCGGUCAUGACAAGCGCCCAGCCAGUGCUGCCUUCGGGUAAGUCGACGCCGCUCUUAUAAAAUCCUUUAAAAACGAGUUUCAGUUUUUUUCAGUUUCAUUUAUUUGGUAUAGCCCUGUGAGCCUUUCGGCUCUUGAAUCGGGUGCAACCGCAGCAAACAAAAAAACCUAAAACAUGAACAAGAAAAACAUCUUAAAGGGACUACGCGAGUUACCAGGCAAGCAAAAGAAGCCCAGCCGCGCAUGAACUCGACUCGCCACUGCUGCUGCGAUGUGUAAAGUCUUCACCACCGCCAGCACCGCCUGCCCUCCACCAUCGCCGCGAUCUCUGACCGAUGCCGUAAAUAGGCAUUACGCAAACUUCAUGCCGCGAAUUCCUCCGCAACGCCAAUCUCUGAAAGCUCACAUUCCGGUUGGCGCGGGGGAGGGAGAGGGGGUUCCACUCCUUUUUUUUCCGCGAUGCGUAAACACUGCGUAAAGACACGCCGGUACGUGCUCGUACACACACCCCCCACCCACGGUUAUCUUGGGUCUCAGUCUGUAAAGUUGUUGGAACUCGUCCGCGUGCUGUGGAGCUCGACUACCUUAAGUGACUACUUCCCUUGCGGGCCAGCUGGCAGGCGGCACAGCUCCCCAGUGCCACCACUCCGAUCUCGAGACCACCUCUCGACGUGGACACAAUCCCUCCGACAGAAGCCGCCGUCUCUGCUGUCACCCCCCCACGCGCACGCGAGAGGGCAAUGUUCGAAUUCCUUCGCAGGGGCUCGGAGAGCUGCGCGGACGUCGCGUGCACUCCCGACUACUCGCACAGCGCCGAGGACCACGGCUCCCUCCUGCUCCUCAUCCUGAGCGUGGGGGACGUCGCCGGCGAGCGCUUGGGCGAGGCGCUGGCGCAGGCCUCCUCCGUCUCGUCCGUGACCGUGCCACGGUGCAGCAGGCCUCUCCGGGUGCGGUGCACGUCGAGGUACAGCCCCGAGGAGAGUCGAUGGGGCGACCUGCAGGGCCACCGCAAGGUGGUCGGAUUGAUCGGCCUCGCCGAGUGCUCGGACUUGGACGGUGUGACCGACGCCGUGGAGAAAUUCGAAAGUGCCAAGGACGACUACGGAGGCUCCGUGUGUGGAUCGCGGCUCAUCGUCUACGGGAGGCGGCCGGAUGGGUGCGACGGCGUGACCUCGGACGUGACCGCGGACGUGACCUUUGUCAGUGAAGGCGGGCCAUGCCUGGAUCUCAGGGCAGAGGUCGAGAGGGUCGUUGUCUCCGUGUACGCGGCCCUCUGCUCCAGCGGCACCAUGGAGGAUGACGCGGCGAUGUACGCCGCCCCCUUCGAGAAGGAGUCGCCCAUGACCUUUGUUGUUGGCAGGCAGCUCAAGAAGCGACGCCAGGGACGGAUGUACAAGCGCCAGGGAGACGUGAGCCUGCAGACGGGGUCGCUGGCAGACGCCCUCAUGCACUACCGCCGGGCAGCGGACACCCUGGGGCCCAUUGGAGACACCGCAUGGUUUGGGGCUGCUCUGGAGGGCCAGUGCACGGUCUCCUGCCUCUACCGCUCACAACAGAGUGGUUCCUCCGGGUGCCAAGAGAAUGGCAGAGGUGUGCCGACGAACGGGGACGAGGUGGAUGGGUCACGUGACGACGGAGACGGUGACGGCGGCGACGACGCCAAUGAAGUUCGGUCGGAUGAGGCGAUCCCGUCGCAGCGGAGGAACACGAGAAAGAGAUACGACUACCUGAGGGACACCGCGUUACCGGUCGAAGAAAUCAUCGACAAGUACAAGGAAGCCAUUGCGUGCUACUCGAAGCACCCGGAAAUGGCCGUGCUGGAGCUGGAGGCCACGCUGAAGGCCGUUCGGCUGCUGCUGGACCAACGGAGGAACCAGGAGGCGGUCGCGCUGCUGCAGGAGAUCAUCCACCUGCAAGCGCCGCAGGCAAUUUCUGAUCCCAGCUCCGGCUGGCAGCUGAGCCCGGCCUUGGAGCGGCGCUCGGCGGCGGGCGACGCGAGCUCCCGGCUACGCCGCCUGGAAGACCCGCGCGUCGAGCACUUCGUGGUGGUGUCCGAGCUAUUCGCCCUCGCGGGCCUCGGGCGCAAGGCGGCCCUGUUCGCGCGCGUCGCGGCCACGCUGUGCGUCUCGUCGGACAACCCACAGCGGCGGGACUGGCGCCGAUGCUACGGCCUCCUGGAGGGCGCCCUCGGCGGUCUGCGAGCGCCCAGCCUGGCGCCGGCGCUGCCCACAGGAGCAAGUGGCGGUGUGGGCUGGCCGUGCAUCAGGGCAAACAUCCUACAGCUGCUCUCCCAAGCGGCUUGGAUGCUGGGCGACUACGCGCUGGCGGCCGGGCACCUGGCGUUCCUCAUCCACGAUAUGAUGGAACACCUCACCGCAGAUGAAACGAAGUCCGUCGCGGGGCAGCUGCGUCGCUGCGCCGCCGCAUGCGGAGGGGGCGCGGGGCCCCCCGGGGGCGAGGGCGUGGGACCCCCGCUGCCUCUCGUGUCGUUCACUCGCCUUCCCAUGCUCAGGAGCGUCGCCGCGGUGCGCCCACCGCUGCACCUCCUGCCCGUGCUGGAGGCCGUCACGCCAAUCCGCAAGAACAGCGUGGGCUCUCCCUUCAUCUACACGCCCAUUAAAACGAAAGCGCAGAGACAGCCGGAGAACUUCGAGAAAGUCGAUUUCAGCACCGUGGAGAACGAGGGAUUUCAAGUGGAGCUCAUUGUCGCGAAUCCGCUGCCGUUGGAGUUGCUCGUUGAGAACGUUGAGCUGCUGAUGGAGGGGCCCGAACGUGACGUCGUCCCUGUGUCCGCGACGCUGCCUGCUCACGGCGAGCCCUUCCCGCUGAGGCUGGAGGUCGUCGCCAGACAGCCGGGGCAGCUCACGAUCACGGGCUACCGCACCACGGUGCUGGGAAUUUCCAGCGACGUUCCGCUGAAGAGCGUGCCGGGCCUUCGGCAGACCCGGCUGGAAGUGGAUGUCGUGCCAGCCCUGCCAGUGGUAGAGCUCGGGGUCACCUGUGAGAGCGACGGGAAGAAUGAAUCAUUCGUAGCAGCCCCAGGCGAGGAGCUGGGCCUCAUGGCGUUUGACGGAGAAACUCGGCAGCUGCUCGUGACGAUAACGAACGUGGGAACCGUUCCGCUGGAAAAACUUGAGCUGGACGGGGCGAUGGAACGGACCCGCCAAGACGAGCCCUGUGAGCGGAGCGACGACAGGGUGUGGGCCUGGCAGCACGAGAUGCUGUCCCGGUUGCCACUGCACGCCGGAGAGGCCCUCACGUUCUCGCUGCACGUGCACACGCUCAUCGACGGCCCCUCGGCGGAGCAGCCGAGCCGGCGGGAGCCGCGCGGCCACGACUGCGAGUGCCUGAGCCGGCCUCACGGUGCGCCUCAGGAGGCCGACGGGAUGAAGAGACGAGCGGGGUCCCGAGAGCCAGGGCACGUUGACACGAAACAGCCUUUGAAGGUCGUGGAGUUCUCCGUGGGCUUUCGCUAUGCGGGGGGUCCCGGGAUGAGCAGCGGCUACUGCCGGAGCGUCCCGCUGAGCGUCCGCGUGCUGGUGCAGCCCACGGUCGCCUGUGCCCGCGUCGUGCUGCAGCCGCCCCUCAAUGGAAGAGGGAGCAGGCUGCUGGUGGACGUGGUGAACCUCGCCCAAUCCCAGGUGGAGGUCAGCCUUGAUGCUGUCACCUGGAAUCUGCUCCCUGAGAAAGGACCCAGCAGGGUUUGCAUCGAUCUGGAAAAGAUUUUCGGAAGAUGCGGCUCCGGGCGGGAGCAGGCGGAGGAAGCUGCCACCGAGGGAAGGGUCACUCCUGACCAGUGGACAAGCCCUGCGCCGCAGGAGCUCGAGCCGCCCCAGCUGAGAGACCUGCUCAGGAUUCACUGGCGUUCCUGUUCCCCACCGACGGUGGGCCGCCACGGCUCGCUCGCUCCGGCUGCGCCGCUCUGCCCAGCCCUACUGGCGCACCUACGCAGCACGCCGCUCAGCUGGGACGUAUCGGUGGACGGCGCGGUGCCCAACGUGGAAGAGGAGGAGGUGGUCCAGUGCGCCGUCGCCGUGCCGGUGUCCCUGGAGGUGACCGUCAGGAACCACAGCGGCGGCGCCGUGGGGCCCCUGUCGCUGUCCAUGGUGCUGGGCGACGGCACGCGGCACCCCGAGGAGGAGGAGGAGGAGGCGAUGAUCGCCCGGCUUGGCGCCAGCGUGGCGCUCGUACCGCAGGUGGAGGCGUGGGGCUCGGCGUCGUUCCUCUUCGCGAUCAUGCCGCUGGGGCCCUGCGACCGCCGCGUGGCCUUCAGAUUCAGUGAAAGCCGCGAAGCCGGGGCCACCCCCCGAUGCGUCUGGCAUCGCCUGUGCUCCAUUGGCCUCCGAGCGAAGGUCGCGGGCGAACUCCUUGGGCUCCCGGGAAUGGGAUGAGCGAGGGGCGACGCGGCCGCGACUCCCUCGUACCGUCGGCUCGAGCGCCGCUGGCGAUCGUCGACGCCGCCACCCCAGCGACGAUGGCAGUGACGAUGGCGGUGAUGAUGCCGGCGACGGUGAAGACGAAGUCUUCGCCCCCCCCACCGCUCGUUUGGUGCGGAGGGCCGCGCACGAAGACGCGUUCGGACGUUGCGCUGCGAAAAAAGCAAUCGAGAGGAGCGAUUUCGCAGGCCGUCAAUGUUGUAAAAAAUGAUAAUUUUUUUUGUUAAAAUGUACGAUAUAUUUUUUUUAAUUUCUAUGGUGGAUGGUUUUUUUUACGCUCUCAAUUGAAGUGCGGUUUUUUUUCUGGAUCGGCUGCAGGAGUCGAGAAUAUUAUUGAGCUCGUUAAGAUUCCCCACGGAGUAAUCCGUGGCAAACGCUGUCGAAACGAAACACUCGACACGUGGUUGGCCCUACCUGGCGACAACCGCGCUCGGAUGACAAACGUCGCUGCGAAAUUUCUCACCAAACAAACAAACGCACUGCGACAUUUAUUGCACAAAUAUGAAAUGUCUGAUCGAGUACAGGUGUUGAUAACUCGGUGCUAUUUAAAUGCUUUAAAGUUUUAUGAUCGGUAAGAUAACUUGUGUUGUUGUUGUGUCACUGCCAGUGGAUGCUUACACUGCUAACAGAUGCACGUACUUAUCAGGAUUGUUUAAUGUCUUUUAAUUAUAUUUUUCCUCAAUCAAUGACCAGGUUGCUGCUAAUAGAAGGCCGUGUUAUUGAUCGUCGCAGUUGAUUAAACAUUUUCAAACUCCCCCCCGCCAAAAAAAACCCACAAACGAUGCUGGCUGGAAAAAAAAACGUAAAUGAAGAAAAACAACACAAACACAUGUCAACGACGCUCGCUCGAAUAUUUUAUUUUGCCAUCGUCGGCACACGAGAGAUAGGGGCCACCGCCUCCAUGGGCAGUAGCUUGCCGAAGAACCAGAGCUCUCUCUCUCUCCUCGCUCGUGAAGUCGACCUGCCAAGUGGCCCAUGCAACACACGGACAACAACAAAAAACUAACGGUGUCUCGUCCAAACCAGACGCAGAGAGGGCGUUGUGCGCUCACGCCAAGAGUCAAGGGAUCGUGCGGACGGAGGCCAAUGGUGUAUUUGAGAAGAGUAGAGUCUUGGGUUACAAACGGGGUGCAGCUGCACUGUCGUCGUAAACAGCUUGGUUGAAGUGGGAGGAGGGGGUGUGUGGAUGUCUCAUGUAAUAAUUCCCUUUCAUCUUUGUUUAAAAAAAAAACAUUGGGCGAAGACCGCGGGGCCGGCCCAGGACACGUCGGUGGGACUACGUCGUUCGG